AUGAGUGACGAAGUAGCAUCCCCUCCUCCCAAAGAGGCACCUCCAAGUAACACAACUGAUUCAGCUGCUGCCGAUGGGGGUGAGGCAAAAGAUAACAGCGACAAAGGAAAAGGUGGCGGUGCAGGACGAGGUCGUGGUGGAAGAGGAGGACGUGGUGGUCGUGGAUCCAGAGGAAAAGGCAAUCGAGGCCGAAACAACAACAACAACCAAGAUAGUGGUGAUAAGGACGUAACAAAGGAGACUGAAACACCUGCCGAUGCCGGUAGUAACGAAGGCGGGGGCAGCCCCAGGAAAGAAGGUGGGGGCAGUCCAAGACGACGCAGACGAAACAACAACAACAACAACAACAAUCGUAACCGCAAGGCUGGUAACAAAGGAAGCGAUGAUAAGGGUGCUGAUGAAACUACUGCCGAGGUCAAGGAAAGUGGCGAUGGUGAAGAUGCAAAGGAAGCAGACAAGGGGAGCAACAACAAUGCCAGACGUAACAAUAACCGAAAUCGUGGUCGCAAUAACAAUAAUAACACCAGCAACAACAGGAACAAGGACAAAGGCAAGGCUGCAAAUCCUGAUGACUUGAUGACGGAACUCGAAGAAACCAAGAAAAAGCUAAAGGAAUCUGAGCGAAUGGAAAUCUUGUACAAGAAGCGAUAUGCCCAAUUGAACGAAAAGUGGAGAGACUUGAAGGGUGUCGAUUACGAAAAUUGCAUCGUCGUCGCUGUACCCAAAACGGGAGAAGGAACAACUGAAGCCACCGAGACGACUACUCCUCCGACUACCGAUGCCGAGAAGAUUCCAGUCUUGGAACAGCACAUUGCCAACAUCGAACUAGAGUUGGGCAAGUCCAAGGCGGAUCUUCUAUCCGCUAAUCAGAAACUAGAGCAGGCAGAACGCAUCGCAGCCAAAAACAAGGAGCAAUACAGCAAACUCAACGAAAAAUGGAGAGCUCUUAAGGCGGGGGAGAAGAAAGACAAUACAAAUGCCAAAAAGGGGGAGAAAACAGAAGUCGGCAAACCUGGUGAACAAGAAGGGACCGUUGUAGAAGAAAUUAUUAACGCAGAUAAGGAAGGGGAGGAGAAACCUACCGAGAAAGAAGCGGUCGUUGCCGAAGGCUCUGCCAAUGCAGAAGAAACUCCUGAUGAGGAUAAGGGUGCUAGACCAGAAGUGGCUGCUGCCCCGGGGUCGGCUGAUGUAGAAGAAACUUUUGACGCUUAA